AUGAACGUUGACACAAUUCCCGAUUUCCUGGCGGAGCAGCGCGACGAGGCCCCCGAGGAGCUUCAGCACCUUGUUCUGGAGUUCGAGAACUACUGGGAGCGGAAGCUGUGGCACCAGCUUACCGAUGCUCUGGGUCAGUUCUUUAGCCACCCAGGCAGCAAGGCCCAGCGGCUGUCCUUCUACAAGGUCUUCAUCCUCAAGUUUGCGGAUAAGAUAAACCAGCUUAAGCUCGUUGAUCUGGCUUUGAAGGCCGCCACGGAAUGCAAGGACGACGAGGAGCGCCUCUCUUUCCUUCAGGGUGUUGCGAAGAAGGUCGAUAGCGAGAACUCACAAGAUGCUCUGGUGUACGCAUCUGUCGCCGUUGCUAGAGUAAAGUUGAACUUGGAGGAUAUGGACGGCGCCAGGAAGGACCUCGAUUCGGCCGAGAGAAUACUGGACAGCUUCGAUUCGGUCGAGACUAUUGUUCACGCCGCCUUUUACGAUGCGAAUGCCAAUUACUACCAGCGCAAGAUGGACUUUGCCGCAUACUACCGCAAUGCCCUCCUAUACCUCGCCUGCAUCGACCUCAACUCUCUCACAGCUCAAGAGCGCCAUAGACGGGCGCUGCACCUCAGCAUCGCCGCCUUGGUAUCCGACACCAUCUACAACUUUGGCGAGCUUCUUCUGCACCCCAUCCUCGAUGCCCUCAAGGGAACCCAGGACUCGUGGUUCCGCGACCUGCUCUUCGCUUUCAACCGUGGCGACCUCCAGGGUUUCGAGGCUCUCUCUGCCAAGAUGCGCUCAAAGGAACUCCUCAACGAGAAUGCAGGCCACCUGCGCCAGAAGAUCUACCUGGCUGCUCUGACAGAGGCCGUCUUCCGCCGCCCGCCCCACGACCGCGCUAUGUCUUUCAGCACCAUCGCUCAGGAGACUAAGGUUCGCCCUGACGAGAUUGAGCACUUGAUCAUGAAGGCCCUGAGCCUGGGUCUCUUGCGUGGAAACAUUGACCAAGUGGAUGAGGUUGCGCACAUUACUUGGGUCCAGCCGAAGGUUCUUGACAUGAAGCAGAUUGCCAACAUGCGCCAGCGGCUGCUUGACUGGGACUCUCAGGUUAACCAGCUGGGAAACUGGAUCGAGACGGCCGGUGGCGAUGUGUGGGCUGCUUAG